AUUGUGAACCUUACAGACGUUGUUUGGCUUUAUAGAGCCGGAUGGACACGGAGAGAGCCAGCCAGAAUUUAUUGUUCCAUGCUGAACACUGAUGUCGUAACAGCUGCGGAAAUUCUUGCAAAAGAGCGCGUGUUAAUUCCGCGUGGCCGCUCUCUCAGACACGCACCAGUGGGUUUCGUCACCGAGGGAAGCGUCACUGAACGAGGAAAAGUUUAUCGCGAGCGGCAGCAUCACUUUCGCCACGGCAACAUGGCUCAUCGUUUGUUUGAGGACAGAAAUCAUGCUGCCGCCUACCAGAAGUACAGAAUCUCCCCGUCACAAUCGCUGAUAGCAAAGAUCGUGGAUUUCCUGGAGGAGAAGAAAGGGAGGCCCUUCGACCUGGCGGUGGAUGUGGGCUGCGGUUCGGGGCAGGGCACGGUGCUCCUCGCGCCCCACUUCAGCCGCGUGAUCGGGAUGGACAUCAGCCGCGCGCAGCUGGAAAUGGCCGAGGCCAGCGGCUCCGUCCCCAAUGUCUCCUAUAGGCAGAGCUCCGCCGAGGAGCUGCCCCUGACCGACGGGUCCGUGGACCUGGUAACGGCCAUGGCGGCUGCCCAUUGGUUCGACGUGCCCCGCUUCCUGCAGGAGGUGGACCGCGUGUUGAAGCCCCGAGGCUGCCUGGGCCUGCUCAGCUACACCAUGGACAUGGAGCUCCAGUACGGGGACGAGGCCUGCUCUCAGAAGCUCAACCGCGUCUGCCAAGAGUUUUACGCUGCCUUGCGACCGUUUCGCAACCCGUGCCUGGGGCCCUGCUCGAUGACCCUGUACAAGCAGAUCUCUGACUCCAUCACGUACCCGGAGAAGGAAUGGAACGACUGCAUGUUGAUAAAGCACCAGGCCACUCUGGGAGAUUAUAUGGGCAUGGUGGAGUCCUUCUCCUCCUUCCAGGGUCUGCUGAAAAAGGACCCAGAGGAGGCCAGGAGGUUGUCCCAGGACAUCAGAGACAAGUUGCGUGCGGUGAUGGGGACCACCUCUGAUGCCACGCAGGUUGUUAUGGGGGUGAAGUAUUUCUGCGUGUUGGCCUGCAAGCCUUAAACAUGACCCGCGCCGGGCGUGGCCACUGAUCGGAGACUAACGAUGUAAUCUACUGUCUCACCGUCGGGCAACCUGUGGUUUGUAGCGCAGUCGUUAAGGUACAUGACUGGGACACGCAAGGUCGGUGGUUAAAGCCUGAUUUAUACUUCUGCGUCAAGUCGACCUACGGCGUAGCCUGACGUGCACCUCCCCAGAAAUGUAGCUACGCGACGCGGCGACGCAGACCAUAAGCACUGUGAUUGGUCCGCUUGAUAGCAUCGCAAUACGCAUUUCCGGCUGCUCCGCCAUUGAUCAGUUUCAGUCGCCUGUGCUGUAUCCGAAACCCAAAUCAGUCGACUUGAUGCCUCGUCGCCUGAUUAGUCAUCUGUCCUUCAAAAAAAGGCGACUUCGAACUAUUACAGUUAUUUGCAAACUCCGCCGCUGUUUUCAGCCAUUAAUUUAACGGAAGUAAGAUCCAUGUAGAUAAUCGCAAAUGAUUAUGGCAUAUAAUGACGACGGAAACUAGUGUUUUGGCGGUGUAAUUGCAAGACGACGCAGACAACCAAACGCACAAGUAUAAAUGCUCUCAACAGCCUAGGGGCUACGCGUAGGCUACGCCGUAGCCACCACGUAGACUCGACUCAGAAGUAUAAAUCAGGAUUAGCCCUGCAUUGCUCCAGGGGAGGAUUGUCUCCUGCUUAGUCUAAUCAACUGUAUGUCGCUCUGGAUAAGAGCAUCUGCCAAAUGCCAUUAAUGUAACGUAAUGUAUGCUUUACAUGAAUGCACACAUUGGAAGUCAUCACACUUGCGUGUAUAAAUAACAAAAUUGGCAAACAUAAUUCAUAAUCAUAUACUAUAUAGUAGUCUGUUAUUGUGAAUAAUAAUUCACAAUAAAGACUAGAAUUACAUUUCUGACAGCACACAAUAUUGACAAGAAUGGCAUGAUUAGUCUAGUUUUCUCUGAUCCAAAAAAUGUAUGUACUUUUUCCCCUAUAUUUCCAAUAUAAGCUAAUAUAUUAACAGCUAAAUGUGUCAAUACAAAUUAAACCUCAUGCAAAAUUA